CAGCAUCAACAGCAACUCCUAACCAAGAUACAAGCCAAGCAUCUCAUGGAACUGGGUCUCCAGGAUCAACAGCAACUCCUAACCAAGAUACAAGCCAAACCUCUCAUGGAACUGGGUCUCCAGGAUCAACAGCAACUCCUAACCAAGAUACAAGCCAAACAUAUCAUGGAACAGGGUCUCCAGAUAUCUAUCUUUCCGGAGAAACUGCAAGUACAAACCAAGAUACAAGCCAAACAUCUCAUGGAAGUGGUUCUCAAGGAUCAACAGCAACUCCUAACCAAGAUACAAGCCAAACAUCUCAUGGAACUGGGUCUCCAGGAUCAACAGCAACUCCUAACCAAGGUACAAGCCAAACAUCUCAUGGGACAGGGUCUCCAGGAGAAACUGCAAGUACAAACCAAGAUACAAGCCAAACAGCUCAUGGAACUGGUUCUCCAGGAGCAACAGCUAGUACAAACCAAGGGACAAGCCAAACAUAUCAUGGAGCAGGGUCUCCAGGAGAAACAGCCAGUACAAACCAAGAUACAAGCCAAACAUCUCAUGGAACUGGGUCUCCAGGAUCAACAGCAACUCCUAACCAAGAUACAGGCAAAGCAUCUCCUGGAACAGUGUCUCCAGGAGAAACAGCAAGUACAAACCAAACAUCUAGCCAAGCAUCCCAUGGAACAGGGUCUCCAGGAGCAACAGCACCUCCUAACCAAGAUACAAGCCAAACAUCUCAUGGAACAGGGUCUCCAGGAGCAACAGCAAGUACAAACCAAGGGACAAGCCAAGCAUCCCAUGGAACAGGGUCUCCAGGAGCAACAGCAAGUACCAACCAAGGGACAAGCCAAGCAUAUCAUGGAACAGGGUCCCCAGAUAGGCAAUGCUUUCACUCCAUAUUUUAUGAAAGGUUCUUCCCUAACAGAAUAUUCAGCUUCAUUGAGCACCAACAUCAGCACCAGGAUGAGCACAAUGAGCCAGUCUACUUCGACAAAGGCUGUUACAUUGGUUGUCACUGAAAUUGUGGAAUUACAGCCAACAGUGGUCUCCACAGAAUUGUCAGAGACUCCUAUUGAUGAACUCCCAUCUUCCACAGAUCAAUCAUUUCACAUUUCUGAUGAAACUGAUGAACAUACAAGUGCAAUCUUCACCAAGUCCCCAUACAACCUCAACCCCAAUAACUUCAACAACACCACAAUCAACAUCACUGUCAACUGCAACCCCACAGUCAACAUCAAUAAUAACUUCCACCAUGCCACCAUCAACAUCAAUCCCAACUACAAUAACACUGGUUGCAUCAACUUCCACAAAACUGAAUCCCUCAACUUCAACAACACUGGUUCCAUCAACUUCAACAUUGCAGUCCACAACUAG